AUGCCAGAUUGGUCGCUUGAAGAGGAUGUGGUUCUCUUCGCUUGGCUCGAUUUCUACAAUAAACAUGGAGGAGAUCACUUGGCAACAAUAAAACAAAAAAUAAUGGAAGCGACUGGCAAAUGUCGCACAAAAAAUGCUGUAAGAUGUCGCCUUCGAUUUAUCGAGUGGAAAUAUCGUAAGUCGGAUGGAAAACGCCAAUUUAACCGUGAUGAAUUUGAUUUAUUCCGAAAUAUCAGCCAGAAGGGAUCCAAGAGCUUGAAAUAUCCUCCCAGAGGCAUGGCACGGAAAAUCAAGAAUGCUUUGAGCGAGUGUGAAAAGAUACACGCGUCGAAUGAAACUCAAAAAGGGGUAGAAGUCACACCCAUGGAAAAAAAAAUCAAGGUCAGCUACAAGUGCAAGUACCUGCUCGCAAAUCAACCCCUGUAAAGACUAGAAUCGUCCCAGCAUCAAAGACCACCCAACAGGCACAAGAUGAGGCAAGCCAUGUUCGGAAAAGAAGCUCGCAGGAGGCUGGAGAGGAUAUUGCGAGAAAGAAGCGACGUCUAGAAGAGGUAUGGGAACCCUUUGUCAGUACUCAAUCAAGAAGUGAAUUAUCUUUAGUCACAAUGCAUUCAACUUCGCAUUGUUUGGUUGAGCCGUCUAAAUCAUAACAGAGCCGAUAAGUCUUCGAACUUUAAGCUCAUUUAUCGAGACAAGAGUGACUCAACGUCUUCUUGAAUACCUAUAAAAGUAUAGAUUUAGAAAACGCAACAAAACUGACAAUCUAUCUGAUUUAGACCACUGGGACAACCCCGCUUGAGAAGCAAGAUAAAAAAUCUGAAAUGGGACUUCCUCGACCCUUCAGCACAGCGGAACGCCCAAAGUCUCAUCUUCCAAAGGCGAAGUCGCCCGCUAAGGCUGCAGUAUCAAAUGUUCAUAAAGAACCAAAAAUUUCCCUUUCAUCCAAAGCUCACUCCGAGAACAGGAGUAAUGACGAAGUAGUGAAAUUGGGACAUCGCAAGCAUGUCAAGGAGAAAAGUCUCGAGAAUAUAAAAGAAAGUUACAGGAGGGAUUUGCAGAGGAAAGAAGCAGAAAUAAUUGCCAUUCGAGACCAUUGGGAUAGCGACCUUCUAGAACUACAUGGGAGGAUCGGAAAGCUUCAACAAACGAAACUAGAGUUGGAAUCCAAGGCUUCAAAUUUAGAAGCAGCAGACAUCGUCGUCAGAAAUGCAGGAAGAUCCACUGGCUUAUGAGAUUGGCCAAAAGAACAUAGAAAUAUGGAUGUUGACUAAUAAGAUUCACCGGCAGUUCGAAGUGUCAAGCCUCAAGUAGAGAGAGGCAAAGCAUCUACCGCCUCAGACUAUCGACACUGCCAUGAACGAGAUCCGCUUAGAGUUGGAAGCUAUGACUGAAAUUCAAGAUUUUAGGCGCAUGCAUAGGCCGAAAGAAUGGUUCGAUGGCAACUUAACGCACUUGGUGAACUCUGCUUUCACUUCUCUCGAAGGAUCGAAUCAUGGUACGCCUCAAUUAGAGAGAUUGGGCGUGAAAUGCGGUGAAUCUGCGGUAUUUAGCAUUCUAGCCCUAGCUGCAUUGAGGGAUUGGGUUUUCCUAACGGAUUUUCCACACAUUGGGUUGGGAUCUUUGAAUCUUAUUGAAGCAUAUCGCAACAUUGCGUUUAACAAAGGCGAGCACCUGCCGUAAUUUCUUUAAGUUUUUUGCUCUGAUGAGAGAAUAUCCUGUCUUCUGUUUGGGUUAGGUUUCAAUAUCCUAGAUACUAACUCGGAUGAAUCAGGCGGAUGGGUUGAACUACGACUCUUUGAUGUCGGGGCCUUCAAGGAACAUAUGAAACAGCCAUACUUCAAAGAUCUUCUUAAACGCACCACAAAACAGCUUUCGUGUCGAUUAUCAAGGACCUUGAGCCCAUUAUUCGGUAAAGGUCUUGAAAAUCUGGGGCAUGAUUUCUCCUUCCAUACCUGGGGAGAGGAGUCGGAGUCUUGGAAAGAAAGACAGUACCAUUUCGAAAGGCUUUCCGGCACAGCCCUUGAGUUAAAAAGUGGCUCUGUAAUCACGGAUGAUAACUAUACCUUUGAAUUUUCGUCCAACCAAGCAUAUUCCAACAAACCAUUCGAUGAGCCAGACGUUCCUGAGGGAUCUUGGUUACGUCUUUCCAUUUGUGCAUAAAAAUCGAAACCAUUAAACUCCAGAGUGAAAAGGAAAGUGCACUGGUCCAGACACGGAACUUUUUACCUUCUCUCACUGAGGAUUGUUUCUGUGAUUACCGGAAAAAUAUAUAUCUCGGUGUCAGUCCAUCGCAUAAGAUGCAAAUAAUGUUGCAGCCCAAAGGAGAUCUAGUCGAAAUUUCCGCGACAUCUGACACUGAUAAUGAGGACUCUGAACAAAAUAUUCUACAUCCCGCAGAAACUCAUGUCUCUGAAGCAACUCACAAGAGUCGUCCUGCGGUCAUCGAGAUACCCAUACAAUCAAAGAGGAUUUUGCAGCUCCCUGCUCAAGCCCCAGAUAUGCCAUCAAAGUAUGUAUGUAAAACAUGCAAGGAGGAAUUCAGCUGUGUCCAAGGUCUAAACUCGCACGAGAGAAAUGGGACGUUCCAAUAAUCACUCCAGGUACGAGAGACGCUGACAUUUUUUAAAGAAACCUGUAAGCGAUGCCAUACAUGUAGAAAGAUCUGGCCCACAAUACAUGAUCUGAAUCAACACAUUAAGAAGCACCAUACGUGGCAAUUCGAAAAAUCUAACUCGUCAUUGUCUGUAACGCGCGGCCGUGAGAGGGCCCCAUCGGCUGUGUCUUCGGCUCCGAAACGAAUAACAAGAUCGAAUCCGCCCACGGAAAGAGAGAGUAGCGAGGAUACAGAUCUUGAUGCGAACUUCACGAAUUCCUCAGAAGCUGUGGAAAAUAGAGAACCAGAUAGUCCUCGCGCCACACAUGACUACAUAUCUUCAGCUGGCGAAGAUACGCAAACCUUGGAUAAUGAGAUAUCCGACAGCUUUGAUUCCAAUGAUGAUGGAGAGCUAGAAGUGCGAAAUUCCCCCCUUCAUCUAGCUUCCAUGAUUGGGACAAAUGAUCCUAACCUCUCAAAUGUCGGACGUGGUAGUUCUAGCACCAAAGGCCUUGACACCACUUCAGAAGGAUCAGAGAUUAAGGAAUUGGCGAUCGCCAAAAAGAACCACAAAACUAAGAACAUUCGGAAGAGUAGCUAUGAGCUUGGCGAAAACGCAGUGAUACUGUCUGAAGAGCUCAGAUAUGGGUCUAAUUUAAAAAUGGACAUGAGACUCUGCAGUUCAUUCGGAGUCAGUCAAGAAUCUCUCGAGGUCAAUUUAAAAGAAAACGCCACUCUUAGUCCAAGUAACCAAAAAAAACAGAGACAGUUCCGAAAAUCCAAGUACUCCUAGUUCCUGUACAGACGAUGUUGAAUUGGGAAAUCAAGAAAUCCUUUUCCCAGAAAAAUCGUGCUCGACUGGAAAAUGUGGCACCACAGAUGAUGUAUUUGAAAGCCCCAGACUCAUACCUGAAAGACGCAAGAGUCAAUUAUAUUUGGUGGGCAUUGAGGAGGAGGAAUCUGAAGAAAGCGAGGCAGAUGAAGAUCAUAGUGUUGUAGUGAAAGAUAGUGAAAACAUCAAUGCGGAAAGAGCUGAGCAGGCUGACACUCCUGAGGAUGAGAGCACCGAAGCGGACGAAAAUGAGGACGACGAGAUGGACGAAAAUCAAAGUAUCGAGGCUGGCCAUGACGAUAAUUUCCAAAUGAAAGGAGAUGAGGAGCACAGUGUGGAUAACGAGGAUGCUGUCAAGUUGUACGAUAAUGAUGAUAUUGAGGACGACAUCUGUGAAAAUUGUGAGGCAGAUAAUGACGGAAAUGGUGGAGUGGCCGGUGAAGAAGCAACCGAGGCAAACAAGGACAACUGCGAUGAGCUUAUCGGCAAAGCGACUAGUGAAACAGAGAAUAGCGACAAUGAUGAGGAUAAAAUCAACAGGCAUUUUGAUGUAGAAAAUGAGGAAGAUGUUGAGAAUCAUGACAAUGGAAUUCUUGAAAGAUGGAUCAAUAGCUGCGAGGGACCUAUGGAUGAAACAGUUGAAGUAGAACGAGACGAAACCAUUGAGUUCGAUGAUAAUAGAUAUAGUCAAGCGCGAGUCGAGGAAGAUUUCACUACCAAUGAGAGUACCGACAGCUAUGACGACAAGACUAAGGUAGUGGAAAAUGACGAUAACAUUGAGGCUACCGGUAAAGGAGCUACUGAGGUGGAGACCAAGAAGGGCAUUGAUGUUGACAGCAAUAGAAUCCUUGAAGAUUCAGGCCUCAUAUUCGAUGUUCCCAUCAGCACACCCGCCGAAACAGGGAACAGGGAUAACAUCCAAUUAGGUGGUGAGGGAAAGCUUCAAGCGACAGAAAUUAGGAAGAAAGAGGUUGCUGUUGACGAGGAUAUAGAAGUUCAGGGCAACAAGAUUACUGAAGCGGAAGACGAGGAAAACAUUGAGGUUGAUAUUGGUGAAUGUUUUCAAGUGCGAGGAGCCGAUAAAGAUAUUACUAUGGACGAUGGUGCCGAAGGUAUCUGCGGCCAUGAUACUGCUGCAUCGGAGCAGUACGAGUGCUUUGAGGUGGAUUAAAAGGGCAAACUUCAGUCGCUCGAAGUUGUAGUGGAAAACGAGAACAACCUUGAGGACGAGUACAACGAAUAUCUGCGCGUGUGAAACAUUGAAGAGAAUGGGACUGCUAUUGACGAGAUUCUCGAACAGUAUCUCGGGAAGACUAGAGAAGUGGAAAAUGACGAUAGCAUUGAAGACGACUACAAGAUGAAUUGUCAAGAGUGCGAAGUUCAGGAGAAAGUAGUUCACGACAGCUUGAUCAUCAUGGCAGAACGCCCCAAAUGUGGCCCAGAGUCAGAAGCUGAACAGGAAGUAGUUGAUUUGAAUGAGAGCAUGGAAAUUGACAGCAAUAACACUGCUGGAUCCGAGAAUGGCGAUAGCAAGAUGAGUCUUCAGGAUGAAGAAUUCCACAACAACCAGACCUCUGUGGCAGACAACGACAGCAACAUUGAUGCCGACUACCUUAACUAUAGCCCAGCGCGAGAAGUUGGAUGGGAUACCACGGACAAUGAUAUCGAAGUCAACAGCAAUGAAACCGCAGAAGCAGAAAACGGGGAAAGCAUCUCGACCAUCGAUAAACCAAUAUACAAGCAAGAAGAGCACCAAAACUCGGAAAUAAUUCCGAGCGGCGAUGAGUUCCAAACCCCAUUUUCCGAUCUGACUGGAGUACAAGAACCUCGUUCAAAAUUUGGAAAUGAAGGUGUGUCCGCUGGAUCUUUCCCGUGGAAUAUACUGAAAAAUCCAAGCAUAUUUUCAUUGCGAAAGGCCCAACAACAACAACAACAACAACAACAUACGGAAAAUAGAUUGAAAAUGCAAUCGGAGGAGAAUAGGGAUAUGGAAGUUCAGGAGGAAGAGGAUGAAGUACAAGGCGUUUCGACUGAAUUUGCAGACUAUUAACGAGUGAGAGUAAUUGAGUUGUAUUUCUUUUGCCAAAUUGGUAUUUUAUCAGUGUUUUCUUUCUUUCCACGAAUAUUUAGGUAGCUCAGCAAUAAAAGGUAGCAAUUAUGAGAAUGACUGAUGAACAAUUGG